CUGCUACAUGAUAGCUACAAAAUGUAUCAUCUGCUAAGGGGAUCACAGGGAAUGAGUCUUCAGUGCAAGACACAGAGCAUCUCAGAGCUCUUUCCAGGUCUGUUGCUGCUAAGGGCCAACACCAACACAGCCUGAAGGUCAAGGAAACUUAAAGAAGCUUGAAGAGUUUGUAAAGGGAAGAGAGAUGGGAAAUAAAGCACAUAAGAAGAUGUGGGAGGAAGAAAUGGUAGAUUUAUUCAAUGAGUAUAAGCCAAUACCAGGAUGCCCAGAACCUCCAGAAGGACACAGUGUUCCGGAAGUAUUGAAAGUACCCUGGCUGUUUCAAUUUUGGGAUAUUAGCCAUAAAUUUCUCAGUGUGAUGAACAACACAUUAAUAGCAACUCCACAAAAUUCAAACUCACCAGGGAGUUCUUUUGCUGUAUUUCCUAAUACCUGCUUAGAUCCAAAAAAGAAUCCAAUCUUUAUGGGUGUCGGUAAUUGUGCUGUGUCCUGUAGAAAGUCUGGUGAUGGUCAACCUCAGUUACAGGUCAUGGAGAAAGAUAUUGAGAUGCUCUAUAAAGCACCAGAAGAGUUCAAGAAUUUCACUUUCUAUAGUAUGAGUGGUGGCAGGCCAGAGACUUGCUCUUUUGAAUCUGCAGAGUUCCCAGGUUGGUUCAUAAGCACUUCAUCUGAGCCAAACAAGCCUAUAGGUUUAAGUCAAAGAGGAGGACCUGAAAACAUCUUGUUUUAUUUUGAAAAAAAAAAGUAAAACCAGAUUUAUAAAUGGAGGAGAUAGCUAUUUUGGCUAUAUUUUGUAUGUGGGGGAAUUAAACUUUUUGUUGUUGUUGAAAGACAAUUCAGAAAUGCUGUUUAAAAAGGACAUAAGAGGAGAUCACAAUCCAUAUUUCUGAUAUAUUCUGUAUGUA